UAUAUGAUCAGCAGUAUGUAAUUGUGUAAAAUAAAUCGCGAAAACUACGCGUAAAUAUCCCGUACUGCGUGAAAUGCAGCUAAGAACUGCACAGAAAAAGACAUAUGCUAUCUUUGAUUUCAUUCUUUAAACUCUUAACCUUUCACCAACUCCAACCACAAUCAACGCCGUAUAUCUUUUUUAAAGAUAUUUCUUGUUGAGGUUACUAUGAAAUUGAUGAUUAAGUUCAAAAGAACAAAAAUCCUAUUUAAUAAUUGUUUUCAAAUCAUGUACUUUCAAUAAAGUAAAUGUAUACCUUUGAAAUUUGUAGGCAUGGAAAAUCUCAAGAGCUGUAAGAUUGUCAGGGCAUGCGGCCUAACUCUUUCAGUGCUGGAACCAAAUUUUGAAGGCCUUUGCAAACCGUUUUGAUCCAGAUGAGACGCCACAGAACGUGGCGUCUCAUCAGGAUCCAAACUGUUUGCUAUAAUGAUAGUAUUCUUUAAAAAAUUGAAGAAAUUGUUCAUUUCAGAAAUUCAGCAGACGACAUAUUAGCAGAAGAUAAAUUUCCCAGCAUGCAAAGGGCUAACAGCGAGGGUGCCUUACAGACCAGCUUGGACUGCUGGACUUUCUAAUACUCAACUCACACUGGGACCAGAGACUUCCAAAUUCCAUAGCUUACACAAAGUCAUAUCAAGUCAAAUGUCUUCAUUUGAGAAAAACAAAAAGGUACUGGAUCGAGGCUGCAUGAGAAAUAAUUCAACAAUGGGAAAAUGAGUGCAGUUACUUCAAAAGGCAAAAGACCCCACCCUCAACUCAGAUUAUGGCAUCACUACCAGAUAUCAGGUUGAAAAUGCCAUUGAGAGCGUUUGUGCACUGUGCUGUUGAUAAUGCGGUUCUUUUUCUAACAAUUCUUUUUUUUCAAAAUUGUCAUUUUCAAGAUUAGGCAUUAUAUGUAGUGUUAAAGGGCAUAAUAAUUCCCUAUAUUAUGCCAUCACAAUUUUUAGUAAUUUCAUUAAUGAAGCCAGUAUAGAAUUCAUGAGAACAUCUCAGGAACAUUCUGAAGAUCAGUGUGUAACAAGAAACAAGAAAACUGUAAAAUUAAAUUUUGUAUGUUAAUAAUUGCUGAACUUUGUUGCUAAUGUCAUUUUAUUCUAAUGUGUAUGAACAUAUAUUUAUCUUUUCAUUAUUCAUGAUCGCUGCACAUGUGUUGUGUUCAAAUUGGUUGUGUAUUUAAGUAAAACAAAUAGCAUAAGACAACUCUAUUUUAACUAGAUCUUUAGUUCCUUCCAUAUUGCAUGAAGCUAGAUAUGCAAUCUUCUUCUUGUAUAGUUCAAAUACAAAAUUGACUUCACAAUAAUGUACCUAUAACUUGACUUUAUUUUAAAAUAAGCACUUGUUUUUUUUAACCAUUUAUAAAAAAGAUGUAGUUGUGAAAAUUCAGAAAAAAAGGGAUUAUAAUCAUUGGCGUCCGCAUGAAUUUUCCAAGUUGGGGUCAAGGAGGGAUCAGCCCCAUUUGCCGCCAGAGGCGUAGAAAAUUCUGAGAAUAAGGCCAGAUAUUGGUGAAUCAUGAAGUAUAUAUGGAAGAUUACAAAUCAGGAUUAACCCUUUCAGUGCUGGAACCGGAUUUUGAAGGCUUUUGCAAACAGUUUGGAUCCAGAUGAGACGCUACAGAAUGUGUCUUCUCAUCAGGAUCCAAACUGUUUGCUAUUGUGAUAGUGGCCUUUGAAAAAAAGUGAAGAAAAUGAUGAUUUAAAAAAUUCAGCAGACAACAUUUUAGCAGACUACAAAUUUCCCAGCAUGCAAAGGGUUAAGAAUCAACUGUAUUGGAAUGGAUUAUACAUGUACCUAUUUUCUCUCAACUUUGAUUUCAGUGACUUUUCAUAUAGAAUUCACUUAAAAAGAUAUCUCAGGAACGGAGCAACCGUCUAUUGGACUGAGAUUUUUCGAUUAAGAGAAACGCAUCAUAAGAGAAGAGUGCCUGGAUUAACAGCACUUGAUGUAGUGGACACAGAAACUAUUGCAGGCACAAUCGUAUCACAGUGCAAAAAGUACGUUCUUAACGUAAACAAGCUACUCGGCCAAGGAUACGAUGCUUGACUAUUGCUGGAAAAGGAACAUGUUGUACAAGUCGGUAUUAAAUCCCAUUAUCCUCUGGCCAUUUUUGUACAUUGUUCGGCUCACCGUAUAAAUCUUGGUGUUAAUGAUCUAAGAUAAUAUGGCUAGUUCGGAACACACAAUUGUUAAGCGAAACAAGGUAGACUGCAAAGUAUAAACGCAUACAAAUCUAGGCUUCGAAAUACGCCGUCAGUAAGAAUAUUUCGCACAAAACAAACAGAAUUUGAAAGGACGACAGGCUGCACAUCAGCUAUGGACGGCAACUAGAACGGCGACAUUUGUCAUUUUGUGAUACUUAAUAGCCAAAUAUUCGUCCAUUUUAGAGCCCAUUACGCAAGCACAUCAGACAGCUCAAUAAGAGAAAAUUAUGGACACAAUUUAUAUUCAGUACAUGGACUCACUGAUCCAGUCUUUAGGAAACUGAUUUUCAGAAUGUUAUAUGCCUGCGUUCAUGUUAUUUCAACUGCAUCGGAACCACAUUAAAAAUUUUGAUCGAUCAGACAUUACAGAUACAGUCCGAACCAUCCAACGAAUUUUAUCGAAUCGAUAAUUUUGAACAAGACACAAUGUCAUCGUACGUCAUGAGCAAGAAGAAAUCACUUGAACAGAAUAAGUCAGCUUGUGUUGACUUGGUAAUAAAAAUGGUUAUGUUUCCAGCCGUGCGUGAGGCGAUGAACAUAUUACUAGCGCUGAGUCAAGAGUCAAGACAUGGCUAAGAUACACCAUGUCCGAUCAGACAGGCUCUCAUGAUUAUUCAUGAUGAGCGUUCAAAGGGAACGCAUGAACACAGACAAGAAUAUGUUCAUACAAAAAACCAUCAUGAUGUUCAGCAGAGACAACUUCGCCUUCACUUCCUAUUCAGGAACUGAAUAAAUGUUAAUUGUUUAAGUUUUCACCUCGACCUCGCACAAAUUAAUCAUGUUUAUUACAAUCUAUUGAGAGUAAGUAAAUUUUGCAAUAACCAUAUCCAUGAUUGGUUUGAAUGUAAAUGGGAGUUGUUGUUCGUGUGAAACUAACAAGGGGUCAUUCUGAUCAAAAUUGUUCAAUUCAGGAAUCAUAAUUUACAGUUUAGAUUUUUCCAGGGGGGGGGGGGGGGGUUAGCUGACCCCAUGUGCCCAUAUGUGCGGACGCCCAUGAUUAUAAUGCAAAGUAAAUAAAUAUAAUUAAGUUAGUUUAAACAUUUUUAUGAAGGAAGGUAAAUAGGAUGUCAACUUCAAUGUUGUAUAGUUGAGUUAUCUUUCUUGAAUAAUUACUUAUUGAGUAAUUGAUAUGCAUUUUUAAGUUGUCUGUGUUGCAAAACAAUAUUCAAAAUUGUACACAGUUGAAUGAUUAUAGAAUGAUUAAUAGAGAAGGUAGUCUGCAAUUAAAAGUAAAUUGAUAUCUUUGCAAUUCAAGUAACUUGACCUCUUUUCUUGUUAUUUAUAUUAUAAAUCAUUGAUGAUAAAAUUGAUUUGUAUUCAGUUGUCAAAGUGUAAAAUGGUCAUAUACAAUAAUAGUUGAAAUUAGAUUCUUGAUUAUACAAAAUAUCUAUGUACUUACAGGGACGUAAAGUUUGUGUAUAUAUCUAUGUAUUGAUUUAAUGAAUCGAGUACUCUUAUCUAGUAAAUUUGAGAAGGUAUGUAUAGUAAAAGGUAAAUGUAUGCAAGUCAGAAGUAUGACUAUCAGUUUCAUAUGUAUAGUAACAGGUAUAUGUAUGCAAGUCAUAAGUAUGACUAUCAGUUUCAUAUGUAUGGUAACAGGUAUAUGUAUGCAAGUCAGAAGUAUGACUAUCAGUUUCAUAUGUAUAGUAACAGGUAUAUGUAUGCAAGUCAUUAGUAUGACUAUCAGUUUCAUAUGUAUGGUAACAGGUAUAUGUAUGCAAGUCAGAAGUAUGACUAUCAGUUUCAUAUGUAUAGUAACAGGUAUAUGUAUGCAAGUCAUUAGUAUGACUAUCAGUUUCAUAUGUAUAGUAACAGGUAUAUGUAUGCAAGUCAUUAGUAUGACUAUCAGUUUCAUAUGUAUGGUAACAGGUAUAUGUAUGCAAGUCAUAAGUAUGACUAUCAGUUUCAUAUGUAUGGUAACAGGUAUAUGUAUGCAAGUCAUUAGUAUGACUAUCAGUUUCAUAUGUAUGGUAACAGGUAUAUGUAUGCAAGUCAUUAGUAUGACUAUCAGUUUCAUAUGUAUGGUAACAGGUAUAUGUAUGCAAGUCAUUAGUAUGACUAUCAGUUUCAUAUGUAUGGUAACAGGUAUAUGUAUGCAAGUCAUUAGUAUGAUUAUCAGUUUCAUAUGUAUGGUAACAGGUAUAUGUAUGCAAGUCAGAAGUAUGACUAUCAGUUUCAUAUGUAUGGUAACAGGUAUAUGUAUGCAAGUCAUAAGUAUGACUAUCAGUUUCAUAUGUAUAGUAACAGGUAUAUGUAUGCAAGUCAUUAGUAUGACUAUCAGUUUCAUAUGUAUGGUAACAGGUAUAUGUAUGCAAGUCAUAAGUAUGACUACCAGUUUCAUAUGUAUAGUAACAGGUAUAUGUAUGCAAGUCAUUAGUAUGACUAUCAGUUUCAUAUGUAUGGUAACAGGUAUAUGUAUGCAAGUCAUUAGUAUGACUAUCAGUUUCAUAUGUAUGGUAACAGGUAUAUGUAUGCAAGUCAUAAGUAUGACUAUCAGUUUCAUAUGUAUAGUAACAGGUAUAUAUAUGCAAGUCAUUAGUAUGACUAUCAGUUUCAUGAUAAAAACCAUGGAUGAGAUAAGUUUUGUUUGUUGAAUUGUUGUUGGCAAUAAUUAAACAUGUAUCACAAAUCAGUAACAAUUUGCAUUGUUAUUGACAUAUUUUAGACUAAAUGGUAUUGAGAAUUCAAAAUGUAAUAGUCUUUAAUAUUUAAGUAUACUUCUCGAAGUGUACAUUAUUAAUUGAUACUAUUUAGAACUGUCUAUUUAGUCAGUUGAUGGAAAUAGGCUAUACCCAUCAAAGGUGGGGAGAAUGUUCAGUAGAGAACUAGAAUUUAUGUGGUUAAAUGUUACCUUAAUCUAUUGAAAAAGGUGCAGUAAAAAUCGAGCAUGAUAGCAUUAGUGAAAUCGAAAACGUGUUUUGUAAUCCAAAAAUUACAAAGAAAGUAAAGUAUAUAUUUGUUUUUAGGACAAUUAAAAGUUUAAAUCGAUCACCCAUGUCAUCUUUAGACAGUGGCAAACAGAGAUUCUCGUCAGCAUUCAAAUGAAGAGCGUCAUAAACUUGUUGAACUCUUUCAGUGCUGGAACCACAUUUUGAAGGCCUUGCAAACAGUUUGGAUCCAGAUAAGACACAACAGAAUGUGGCGUCUCAUCAGGAUCCAAACUGUUUGCUAUUCUGAUAGUAUUCUUUGAAAAAAAAUCUAAAAAAAUGCUAAUUUUAGAAAUUCAGCAGACGACAUUUUAGCAGACAACAAAUUAUCCAGCAUGCAAAGGGUUAACUUAUUACUAUUGUUAAAUCCUGAACAAACAGUAAAUCACUGUUAUAAUUGUUAUAUCGCUGUUAUAACUGUAUGCAUUUAAGAAAAUAUUUUCCAAAAGCUUAUGUGUCCAAAAAUUCUUGUUCAAGUUAUUCCAGAAAUUUUAAAUUAACAAAUUGUGUCAUUUUAUUUAGUUUCUUCUGUUUUCUGGUACUUGCGCUGGUUAUUACAAUCCUAUUGUGUCUAGUCAUAACAAUGAACACAUAUUUUUUUAUUUCUUUAUUAUUUUAUUGCUGUUUCCUAUACAUUUAGUCAUAAUAUUACAAUUGUAUACAUGUAUCAUGUAUAUAACAGUGCAUGAAGAAAAAUAUAUUAACACACAA